CGGGGCAUGUUUCUCCAUGGGACCUCAGUAUUUAAAUACCAUAAAUCUCUGCGAUGUAUUUGAGUUGGAAUCACCAUUGACCUCCCCGAAAUUACCAACUUACCGCCAAAGAUGUUGCGCCAACUCGCUCUUCUCUCACUUGCUCUCGUCCCCGGAUCCCUGGCCCAGGUCUCGGAAGGGUUCGAAAACGGAUGGGACCAGUCGGCAUGGCCAACAUACGCGCCGGACUGCAGCCAGGGGGGCAAAGUCACUCUUGACACCGCCAACGCACACAGCGGGAAGAACUCCAUGCGAGUCGAUGGCGGCGGUGGUUACUGUGGUCAUAUCUUCUUCGGCACUUCCAAGGUGCCCACUGGAGAUGUAUACGUCAGGGCAUGGAUCAAAGCAUCCAAGGCGCUCACGGCGGCGCACGUCACCUUCAUCACAAUGCCCGACUCGGCGCAGGGCAACAAGAAGCACCUUCGUAUCGGCGGCCAGAACAGCAUCCUCAUGUUCAACCGCGAGUCGGACGAUGCCACCCUCCCUGAUCUCUCUCCACAGGGUGUGGCCACCUCGGCCGCUCUCCCUACAGGCAGCUGGCAGUGCUUUGAAUACCAUCUGGGACCUGACGGCACGAUCGAGACGUGGCUGAAUGACAAGGUCAUCACUGGGCUGACAAGCAAGCCGGGCACUGCCAACCCCAAUGCCGCGCAGUGGCAGAGAAGCUCAAUCAAGCCAAAGGUCACGGCCAUCAAUUUCGGCUGGGAGUCUUAUGGCGGGGACACCAACACCUUCUGGUAUGAUGAUAUCGUCGUCUCGUCGACCCGUGUGGGAUGCGCGUGA